AUGAAAUUACUAUAUGUUUUAUUUAUUUUAUAUUUUUUUGUUAUUAAUCUAAGUAACAUUAAAGCAAGCAAAGGUGGAGUCAAUACUAGUAAUAGUUCAGAAGAUGAACUCACUAUUAAUAUAGUGGUAGAUCAAUUUUCAAAAAUACCUUAUAACUAUACAGAGUGUGGAGCACCAUCUUUGCCAUGCACUAAUUUUGAAGAUGCAGGAACAAGUGCAAGAUAUUUAUUAAAUAAUAACAAAGAUUCAUCUAUUCCAAUUAAUCUAGUAAUAGAGUUAAGAAACUCAUUUUUUUAUUUAAAUAAUACCAGUAGUUGUUUUGGAAAUUUAUAUGGGUUUUGUAAUAUUAAAAUUAAAUCAAAUAGUGGUGACGACAAAGUUACAAUUGAUGGGACAGAUUAUUUCACCGACCAACCACUUUUUGUUAUAGAGCAACCACAAAUCAAUAAACCACCUAAAUACACAUGUGGUUAUAUUAAAAUAGAUAUAAACAAUUUUUCAUUUACAAAUUUUUAUUUAUCCUCUUCUUCACCAUUGUUUUCAGUAUUUGCCCAAUUACCAAACCAACUUUAUAGUUAUUUAUAUUUCAAUGUAUAUAAUUCCAAAUUUAGUAAUAUAAAUAGUCCAAUAAUAAGCUUAGAAAAUGAUACACCAUUCAAUAAUAAUAAUAAUAAUAAUAAAAACAACAAUAAAUUACAAUCAAAUUUAAACCCAAAUAAUUAUAAUAUGGUAACACUUUUUUCAACAUGCAGUUUUAAUAAUAUAAAACGUAUGGGUGAUUAUAUUACUGUUCCUACACCAAUUUUUAAAAUUAAAUCAGCUAUAAUACAAAUUUUAUUAUCAACUAUUAGUGAUGUAACCUUUUCAUCUAAAGAUCCACAGUUUAUAUAUGUAGAGAAUGGCAAUUUAAAAAUAUUCCAAACUACAUUUAAAAACAUUCACUCUUCUUCAUCUUUACCAUUCAUCACAACUCUUGAAUCAGCAUUCAAUACACAGCUAGAUACAAUAACAUUUCAAGAUAAUUCGGUUGGUACAUUUUUAGAAAUGAAUCAAACUGCUCCACUUAACACCACUACAGAAAUGGAUUAUAUCUUUUUAACAGAUUCAAGUUUUUCAAAUAAUAUAUUCAAAUCCUUAUACGAUAAUAAUAAUUUCAUUGUGAUCAACUCUAAUAACCCACAUAAUAAUUUGGUUUUAAAUGGUGUACAGUUUUAUAAAAAUAAAUUAUUAGGCUCAGAUAUAAUACCAUCAACAGACUCAUCAGAAUCGUCAUCAUCCUCCCAAAAAGAUAUAUCUAAAAAUAAACUUGUAUCAACAUCGUCGCUCAUCAACUUACAGGGACCAAAUAAUUAUAAACUAUUAACUGUGGAAUUUAGGGACACAUUGGAAUCAAUCUUUUUAUUGUAUUUGGGUCAAACUAAUGUAUCUAUGGUAAAUUCAAUUUUACUAUCUGUUGAUCCAGCAGGUGGUGUGGGCUCCAACAUAACAUUUGACUCCUUAUCAUUCAUCGCACAAACUGACACUUUGUAUCAAUGCACAGGAUGUCUCUUCAACGGUAAGGUUGGAAUUAAACCUCCAUUGAUUAGUACCUCCACAGCAAUAUUGUUAAUACUAGGUUUCCUCGUCACAAUCGGUGUAUUGGGUGUCUUGUAUAGUAAAUUUGUUCACAAAAAACUCACAGAAUCUAUUGGAGGCAGAAUCAGGAGAUAUAAGGAAAAACGUUUCAUUCAUUUGGAUAAGAAUAUAGCAUCAACACUAGAACAAAGUGAAAGUUUAUUAAGCGAUUACGAUGAUGAUAGUAGUUACAGUAUAAAUAAUAAUAAUAAUAAUAAUAACAACAAUAGUGCCAUCAAUGAUGACUAUAAUAAAUUUAAAGUUGUAGGUGAUUUAGAAUAAAAAGUUUAUUUUUUUGAAACAAACAAAAUAAAAGUUUUUAUGAUUUUUGAAU